AUGCGUGCGGUAAGAAUAGAAUUACUGCAUCUUGUAGGAAGAGCUGAAGCAGGCGCUCUUGGCUCGGCGCGGCCCGCUGCAAUCCGUAGAGGAAUGCGCGGCCGAGCCACCAUCAUGCCUGGGCAUUUACAGGAAGGCUUCGGCUGCGUGGUCACCAACCGAUUCGACCAGUUAUUUGACGAUGAAUCGGACCCCUUCGAGGUGUUGAAGGCAGCAGAGAACAAGAAAAAAGAAGCCGGCGGGGGCGGUGUUGGGGGCCCCGGGGCUAAGAGCGCAGCUCAGGCCGCAGCCCAGACCAACUCCAAUGCGGCAAACAGCUGCGCAGAGUCCCAGAAAGAACGCAAGAACCCGCUGCCGUCCAACGUCGGCGUGGCUGACAAGAAAGAGGAGGCGCAGCCGCCCGUGGCGCUUAAGAAAGAAGGAAUAAGACGUGUUGGAAAAAGACCUGAUCAACAACUUCAGGGUGAAGGGAAAAUAAUUGAUAGGAGACCAGAACCGCGCCCACCUCGUGAAAGACGAUUUGAAAAGCCACUUGAAGAAAAGAGUGAAGGAGGAGAAUUUUCAGUUGAUAGACCGAUUAUUGACGGCCUACCCGAGGCCGGGUGGUCUUGGAAGAGUCGAGGCAGACGUGGACGAGGAAUGGGCCGAGGAGAUGGAUUUGACUCUCGUGGCAAACGUGAAUUUGAUAGGCAUAGUGGAAGUGAUAGAUCUGGCCUGAAGCACGAGGACAAACAUAGAGGUAGCGGAUCUCACAACUGGGGAACUGUCGAAGAUGAAUUAACUAACUUGGAGCAACCAAAUGUGACUGAGGAAACACCUGAAGGUGAAGAACAUCCAGUUGCAGACACUGAAAAUAAGGAAAACGAAGUUGAAGUAAAGGAAGAGGAUCCAAAAGAAAUGACUUUGGAUGAGUGGAAAGCUAUUCAAAAUAAGGACCGGGCAAAAGUAGAAUUUAAUAUACGGAAACCAAAUGAAGGUGCUGAUGGUCAGUGGAAGAAGGGAUUUGUUCUUCAUAAGUCAAAGAGUGAAGAGGCUCACACUGAAGAUUCGGUUAUGGAUCAUCAUUUCCAGAAGCCAGCAAAUGAUAUAACAUCUCAGCUGGAGAUCAAUUUUGGAGACCUUGGCCGCCCAGGACGUGGUGGCAGGGGAGGACGAGGUGGCCAUGGGCGUGGUGGACGUCCAAACCGAGGCAGCAGGACUGACAAGUCAAGUGCGUCUGCUCCUGAUGUAGAUGACCCAGAGGCAUUCCCAGCUCUGGCUUAA